UGUUUGAAAUGCAUUAUGCAACUGCAACUACUCCUACCUACAGGAAUCUCUAGUUUUCAAAAAGGAGUUUUAUUUUUCCGAAAUAUAUCAAAAAUUAGUGCAAUGUCUCAAUAUCAUACACUAAAAAUUGAAAAUCCUAAAGAAUUUGUUUACAGUGUCCAAUUAAAUAGACCAGAAAAGGCUAAUGCAAUGAACAAAACUAUGUGGUUGGAAAUAGGAAAAUGUUUUAAUGAACUUAACGAGAACACAGACUGUCGAGUAGUUGUUCUUUCCGCCAAUGGAAAAUAUUUCACUUCAGGAAUUGAUUUAUUUGAUCUUAUGAAUCUUGGCCAAGAAGUUGCAAAUCAUGAUGACAUUGCAAGAAAAUCAAAAGUUUUACGGUGUUUUAUUAAAACUUAUCAAGAUUGUCUCACUGCUCUUGAAAAAUGUGAUAAACCUAUAUUGACUGCGAUUCAUAAUGGAUGUAUUGGCGGUGGAGUUGAUCUAGUUUCAGCAGCAGAUAUACGUUAUUGCACAGAAGAUGCUUGGUUUCAACUCAAAGAAACUGAAAUUGGAAUGGCAGCAGAUGUUGGUACAUUGCAGAGGAUGCCAAAAAUUAUUGGAAGUAUGAGUACAUUCAAUGAAUUAGCAUUUACUGCACGUAAAUUUCAUUCUUUAGAAGCCAAAAAUAUUGGUUUUGUAACCCAAGUAUAUGACACCAAAGAAAGUAUGUUAGAAAAUGUUAUGAAUAUUGCUUCAGACAUAGCCAGCAAAAGUCCUGUAGGAGUCCAAAUGACUAAAAGAAGUAUAAUAUAUUCACGAGAUCAUACUGUUCAAGAAGGAUUGGAUCAUAUUGGAGACUGGAAUCAAAUAUUAUUACAAAGUGAAGAUUUUAUCAAAGCAUCAAUGGCUAUUGCUACAAAGGGUAAAAAGCCAACAUUUUCAAAACUAUAAUUCAAUUUGAUUAUUAUCACUAAAUUCAGUAAAUUUAUUUUUUAAAUGUAAUUUUUUACACGAAUCGAUAAAAAUUGCUCUACCAAGAAUUGUAUCUUACGGUAUAUUUAAAAAUAACGACAACCAGUAGGUGUACCAUCCAAAUUUAGUUUGAUUAAAUGUGAUGUUUUUAUUUUA